UGCAGCGGGGAGCCGGAAGCGGGCGCUGGAGCUGGAGCUGGUGGCAGUGGCUGGGGGUCCCUGCAGUGCUUGCUGCAGUGCGUGCAGCCAGUAAAACCCAAGUGCGUUCAGCAUGAUCCAAAACUGCAGUCCGGUGGUCCAGGCGUUGCUCGGGACUUUAUUUACCUGGGGGCUGACAGCUGCUGGCUCUGCGCUAGUCUUUGUAUUUUCCAGUGGCCAGAGGCGGAUCCUAGAUGGAAGCCUGGGCUUCGCUGCUGGGGUCAUGUUAGCUGCAUCUUACUGGUCCCUCCUGGCUCCUGCCAUUGAAUUGGCUGAAGAUUCUGGGGAUUUCGGGGCUUUUGCUUUCUUCCCGGUAGCUGUUGGUUUCACCCUGGGAGCAGCUUUUGUCUACUUGGCCGACCUCCUCCUCCCAUUGCUCGGCAUCAGUGAACAUCCCCACGCCACCUUGUCUAGGAGCUACGAUCCGAGAGCUGUGAAAGAGAAGUAUGACCCCGAGCCGACAUAUCACCAGGACUAUGGGAAUGAGCUCUCCAUCCGGAUAGGUAGAACUGGGCUUCAUUCAGACAGAGGUGAAAACGGGGAGCCCUAUCAGAGGCGGAAGGGCGCGGGAACCAGCCAAUCAGAAGUCCCAUCUGCAUCUCAGACUUCUGAAGACAGCACGUUGACCCCAGGAAGCAGCAGUUGGAGGCGAAUUAUGCUGCUCAUUCUAGCUGUAACAAUACAUAACAUUCCAGAGGGUCUAGCUGUUGGAGUUGGAUUUGGGGCUAUUGGGAAGUCAGCAUCUGCAACUUUUGAAAGUGCCAGGUUCUGUGGUGAGAGAGGAAGAGAAUUCUGGGCACAUGGACCUGGGAUGCUAACAGGAAAACCAACCUGCUGCUGGAGCACGGGCCAGGACUUCCUCUGCGGAAGGGGCUUCAUUCCAUCCAGUAGUCCUUUGGGAAGUGAAAUUCUGGGAAGCUUUGCCUGAGACCCCUCAGUCUGCGGAAGGGAAACUCUCAACCUGCAAGACCUGGAAUAGAGGCGUUGGGGAGGCGGGAAGGAGCUCAGGUUUUGGAGGCUGUGGUGGGAUCUUUCAACUAACCGCCUCCACUGUGGAAAUGGACUCCUGGCCAGCUGCCCACAGUGCAGUUACUGUGGUUCAAUUUCUCUGCUAUACUCAGCUUCCUCCUGGCUCUCACUUAUCUGGUGAUUCCCACGCAGAGAUGGGACUUAACCAGCCUCCUUCAAGACGCAUUCUUAUGGGCCCUUAGACUUGGAAAUUCUCCUCUUGGCCAGGAGACUUUUAGGCCGGAUAUGUUGAAGUGAACAGCUAUGUGCUUUUAAGCCAAACGGGAGCUUGAUUUCCCUGCUCUUUGGAAAGAGACCACUGUUCACCCGUUUCCAUGGAAGCAGCUGUGGAAUUUUUUUUCCCCUAUCUCUCCCUUCUGACUUCUUUGGGUCUUGGACCUGUACGGUGGCUCGUUUAUGACCCAGUGCAGAGAGCAUGUUACUCCAACGAUGCAGCCCCUUGCCAUGGCAGUAGCAAAGGUGAAAACUUCUAAGCCCGUGCAACGCUGGGAGCAGCUGUUGGUGUCUGGCUGGUGAGGAGAGCACGUUGGCGUGUUUGCUGGGAUAGUCGCAUGAGAUGCAAAUCCCCUCUCAUGGUGUAGGAAACAAACAUGCUGUAUGGUCCUGCAUGCAUCAGUCCAGCACAAGGCCAAGGAGACGCCCUCGAAAACAGAAGGGGCCAAUGCAUCAUUGCAACCUCGUUUAAAAAAUAAACCAGGUUGGGUGGGGGACCAGGUGAAGGGAACGCAGGUGACCUGUAACCACAGUGAGGGGGAAGAUCAAGACAACAGUAACAAGCUGGGGAACUGUGUCACCUUCAGCAUCAAUUAAAUGUCACUCUUAAAAAAAAAAUCCAUUGCCUCUCUUGCUACUCAAUUCCUUCUGCCUUAGCUCUGAGACCUCUACGCUGGGCACUGUCAGACAGCUGGAGAGUGGAAGCCUGACACGGUGUGAGCAGGAGUUCAGGCCCCAACAUGCAUCCAGCUCAAGUGGCAACUCUGAAUUUUAAUUCCUCCUCCUUAAUGUGUGUGGUUUUCAACUCCCAAACCUGAGUGUUGUCAUUCCUCACCUCCCAAUAUUCAUGCAAAGCACAAGAAGGUGCUCUGUGGAACUAUACAGUAAAAAGAGAUCUAACUAAUACAGAGAUUGAAAAUAUUUUUCAAAAGGACAAGAUUUAUGCCUUCUUCAAUUCUCCAUAGGAGCUAUUUUCUCAUUGAAGACAAGUUAGAAUAAAGACUGUAUGUUUAAUAUGAUUGAAUUCAGUGUGUGGUGAUGCUUCUCUUAUCAAGGGCCUAGAUCAGAGAUGUAAAACAUUUCAUGGUUUAAGUUUGUAUGAUUUCCUGCUCACCUAUUGAAUCGGUGUCGCUAUGUCUUGGCUUCCUGCUCCUGCUUUGCGUUUUGGGUUCAAACUUGCAGAAACUCAGUCAGAAAUGCUGUAUGUCCCAUAGUUUUCGACUUGAAACUAUCCUUUGGCCCAGAAUUGUUCCAGAGGUUUUGAGUCCCUUUUCGUGCCCUUGGACUGAUAUUUGAGAGUGUUAUGAAACCACGAAUCAAAUGAUGAUUGAGUGACGUGUGGUUUUGUAGUGAUGGUUUUGUGUGGCUCAUAAUGAAAGAUGUAGGGAGCCAGCUGCACAUUUGUUCGUUCAGUUAAGGAGCCCCAUUUUGCUGAUGGGCACAUCGAUCGCCAUUUGGUGGGCCAUUUCAUGUACCUACAUGCCCAGCUGCAGAACUGGGAGUCUCUGUUAGUGGUGCAGAAUAGAUCCGUCCAAAAGGAUGUUCUCCUUCCUUCAUUCUCCAGGGACCCAAAGGCAGGUCAAAUGUUGGUCUUGAGUCUUCUCUCACCUGUACAAGCCUGAAAUAGAAAAACCGGUUUGAAGUUGUUAGUCACACUGGUGCAAGCGAGAGGAAAUUCUGACUGUGCGCAAACUACUCCUAAAACAGUUUCCCCCACAUCACGUAAUGCUGUCUUGUGGCAAUGAUAGACUUACAAGGCCCACAGGGGAACCAAGGGAUAAGUGUAAAGAGCUAAAUGGGCUUGAAUGCAAGAGUAAUCCUGUGGUUUAGUCAGCUGCUGGAGUGCUUUUGAAUGGUUGUGCAGGUAUUUCUCCUCCUGGAUGAACAAAGAGGUAGAGCAAAGCUCAGUGUAUUGGCAUUCUGCAGCCCCAGCCUCAGUACGGCAGCAAUAACUAGUAGGAACGUUCCUCAGGGAAAUUAUAAGGUUCCUGUCAGUGAGUCAAACCUGGAUAUUCAUGAUUGCGUCGUGUCCCAGUAUUGCUGCUGGCUGAGGAUUCAUCAGACACUUGUGCUAAAAGUACAGACUAAACUGUGUAUAGGGAGGGAAUUCAAGCCAGGGUGCUUAUCCUGCUUGUUCUAACAUCGCUGCUCCAGUGGGCAACUGACAGUGUCCCUAAAAUGUCUGCGUGAAGAUUAGACUCUUUCAGUCAAUGUAAAAUCCACCGCACAGUCAAACUCUGCAUUCCGGGGUAACAUACAUGAUAGUGUAUGGCAAGUUACACAGGGAGUGUGAGUGUAACCUACCCACGCGGGGGAGGAAUGAUGCUGUUAUAGCAGGAAAAACAACCAACAGGCAGCCAUAAAAUGUCUAAACCCUUCUUACACCCUCCUGUUGGUUGCUUUUCCUGCUACCGUUCCACCCGCCAGCCUCUACGAUGGCUUCUGCACUCAUCUGAUCAUAGAAGGUUGGAAGGGACCUCAGGAGGUCAUCUAGUCCAACCCCCUGCUCAGAGCAGGACCAACCCCAACUA